CGAAGGAAGCUGCACACGGCCGUGCUACCACAGUUAGUAACCGGAACGGAAGGCUCGCCCGCGGUCCAGCCGUUCCGGCUCCUAGCAGCUGUGAUUGCCGAAAGUUCCGGCGUCACGGGAGGCGACGGUCCCAGCCCCCAAGCUCGCUCCUCUCGCCACUCCACCCUUCGCCGUCCCGGUCGGGGGCGGGGCUAGAAGCCGCGCAAGCGCCGUGACGUACGCUCGGGCUGUCGCCGUGGGAAGUGCUCCUCGCUUCCCCAGCCGGUUUCAGGUCCCCUCACGGGUCACCGGAGCCGGCUAGCGGAGCUCGGGUCCUUGCUUCCAUUUCCAAGCAUUUGCGGAUUCGGACCUUCAGCCAGGGAGUUCACCCCACAGUCACGUAUGCAGGGCUGUGACUGUCGCCUCUUCCUGCAGCGCCAGCCUCCGCUUGGCCUCGGCCUCAAGUGCUUCUGAGUGCACUGCAAUUGGAUGUAAACGACCCCCUGACGGCGGUUUUAGACGUUGGCCUGCUGGAGAAGAUGCACUUUCUGUACUUCUCUAAGGCAGGAAGUCAUUAUGUGACUAACAUAUUUUCAUCAGAUUUCCUCUGAUUUACCCUGAAGCACAUGUGAAAAUGAUGUGCACUGCCAAGAAAUGUGGAAUUAGGUUCCAGCCUCCAGCUAUUAUCUUAAUCUAUGAUAAUGAAGUGAAGGAGAAAAGUCGCCUGCGCAUCAUGCCCGUCCGAAACUUUUCAAAGUUUUCAGAUUGCAACAGAGCUGCCGAACAGUUAAAGAGUAAUCCACGACAUAAGAGUUACCUGGAACAGGUACCCCUGAGGCAGCUAGAGAGGUUGUUCAGUUUCUUACGAGGUUACUUGCGGGGACAGAGUUUGGCAGAAACAAUGAAACAAAUUCAAGGGGAAGCAACUAUUGAUCCUGAGGAGGACCUGAAUAAACUAGAUGACAAGGAACUUGCCAAAAGGAAGAGCAUCAUGGAUGAACUUUUUGAGAAAAAUCAGAAGAAGAAGGAUGAUCCAAAUUUUGUUUAUGACAUUGAAGUUGAGUUCCCACAGGAUGAACAACUGCAGUCCUGUGGCUGGGACACAGAGUCAGCUGAUGAGUUCUGAUACCAAAAACUCAAAACUACUGGGCUAGCAAAAAAUACAUGUUUACACAAAGGAUGUAGGUUGGUUCUACAAAAUACCUGUAAAGAACACUAAAUGUACCCUUUUGGUCGUAUUUGGAUUGACUGUGUUACUUUAAAAACCCAGGACAUGUAGAGCAUCUACUGUAUAGGUGCAUAAGGAACACAGGAAAAAGCAGAAUAUAGGAAUCUGCCCUGAAGGAGCUUACAAUCUAAUUGGAAGGUAAGUCAGAAACUUGUGAAAAGCUAAUUAACAGUACUAGGCAGCAAAGAGAUGACAGCCAGAUGCUUGAUAAAGGCUAAAGAGGGUCAGAGCCUAUAUUACUGUAGGUUAAAUAGGGAAGAUUUUGUCCUUUAGUGGCAAGAUGGGACUUUGCCUGGCCCCUUGAAAUAGUAGUAUUUGGAUAGAAACUUAAAUCAAUUCCAAAUGAGAGAAACUGGGAGAAAAAAAAGGGUGGAUGGGUGAGGGUUGGUGGUAAAGAGAUAGGAAUUAGAAGAUUUUCUUUGAGGAACAGUAAGGAAAGUAUAAUGUGAUAAGAUUGGAGGACAUGUAUGGUUCCUAAGGGUUUGUCCUGUAUGCCUUAUGUCUUCAUAUCUAUUUAACUCUGUUUUAUGUGUAUUUAACUCCGGAAUGGAAGAGUUUACUGCAGCAGCAAGUGGGUGCCCUUUGAUAGACAGCAGGGGAGUUCUGCCCCUUUGGUAUCAGGAAAUAUCUGCUGAAGACAUUCUGAAACCCUGAACCUCUUCUCAUAAAUAAGAGGUUUGUUUGUAAAUUGGGAAAUCUACCCAUAAUAAGUGAAAACUAGAUACUGCCAGUGUAGGCCUAUUGAGUUUGGAUGUACAAAGGGAUCUUUGUUGACCAAGGUUAUGUGUAUACAGAUAUAUCUUUCUUUUAAUUAGAACAUUAUUCAAUUUGUAGAAAUCUUAUGUUUGCUGUAAGCAAAUUAAUACUCAAAUAAAACUGUAAAAAUCA